CCACGCUGAAAAUGAACAAUAGCAAACUGUCUUAAUUUGAAGUGUUUUGGACAAGACUGCUUAAUUUGCAUUUCAUUCAAUGAGGAAUGCGGGGAGAUAGAGUCUCAGUAACCAUUGGGAUAAUCUGGGAAGUGAGACUCGAUCAACUCCAAGCCUGUAGCAUCACAUACUGGGAGCAGCACGGUGAUUUAACAUGUUGCAUCCUGAUGAAAGAUGAAGAUAUGAGAAAAAGGAGUACCUCAUACAGGAGAACCUCUAAUGUGCAUCACAGAAUCAUUAAGGCUGGAAAAGGCCUCUCAGAUCAUCUUGUCUAACUAUCAGCCCAUUCCUAUUGUGCCCACUAACUACGUCUCUCAGUGCCACGUUCUUGAGCAUCUCAAGGGACAGCGAUGCUACUACCUCCCUGGGCAACCUGUGCCAGUGCCUCACUGCUCUUUCUAAGAAGGAAAUUCUCCUAACAACCAGCCUGAACCUCCUCUGAAGCAACUUGGGGCCAUUCCUUCUCAUUCUAUCACUGUUAAAAUACAGUUGGCUUCAGCCUACUGAUCCAGUGUAUGUCACAGUGUGCCUCCAGCUAUCACCACAUCCCUUGCUUUGGUGGAGGACAUGUGCAGGCAUAGCAGGGCGUAAACUCUUAUCUGUGGUUAUCAUGUGGUGAGCAGGAUGGCAGGUUAGAUUAUAUUUGGUAAAUGCAAUUUAGUACCAGAAAAACAGGGAGGGAGGGGCAGCACAAGAUUAUUCUCCAUAGAGAACUUUGUAGCUGGCUUAGCAAACGUGCUUACACUGUACUUUUAGCAAGGAUGAGAACCUGUCUUGGCAGUUCCACAGAGCCCAGAUUUCUGCUUGCUUUGGGAGGAACCUUUGCUAUGCCUUGCUGUGUGUUUUGGGGUCAGUCAGUCAGUAACAACACGGCAUUAGAAUGACCCUGUGUAAUUCUGUUCACAGCAGUGGUAUGUGAGUGAAGCAGUGAACCGAGGAACACUGGUGCAGUGCUACCAGGGCAGCAACAAGCUUAGUUAAGCUCCGAAUAAAGAAAUAAAUAAAUAAAAGGGGAAAAUAAAUAAAUAAAUAAAUAAAUAAAUAAAUAAAUAAAUAAAUAAAUAAGAAAAGCAAACCAACGAGUGACUGCCUGUUGCGAUUGCAGCUAAAGCAACCACACGCCGGGAGGGGAAAAGGGGAGGGAAGCCCAGCGCUGACGUGAGGCCGCCUCAGCAGCUUAGGCAGGGUGCGGGAGGCUUCGCCGAUUACUGCUGCCACGACACGGAGCCUCUCCGCCUCCGUCAGCCGUACACGGCCGGGCUGGGAGCCCAGCGACAGGCUGAAACUUUGUGGACAUGGCCUCAGAUACAAGGAGUUUUUUCCCCUCUAGAAAAUAUGGGCAAAGAUAACACCAACUGGUUGCGGUCCUGAGUGGUAAAGCUCUGCAGUUCAAUUGCAAGAUCAAGAUGUGGACAAAAUGGCUGGGAAAAAGAAGAAAUCUAUGUCAUGGCAGAAUGUGGGAAACAUGACAGCAAGAAUAUUUUCCUGUAAGAUCACAACAGCUUUUCUUUCUUUAAUUAUUGCAGAGAAAUGUGGAGCCUAUGAUGUGAUGUUCAAGCACAGUCUUGUGCCUGAUGGGCAGCCUCUUGUUAUUAAAUGUUCACUGGAAAAAAGCUUCAGUUUAAAAAGUGGAGACUGCAACUUAACGUGGUAUAAAGUUGGUAACCAAACAGCUGUGACUAGAGACAAACUUUCUAGAGUUCAUCAACAGAAGAGCUUAAUUUGGUUUCUUCCUGCAGUAUUAGAAGACUCUGGAGAUUACGAAUGUGCCAUAAGUUGCAGGAAUUUAAAAAGCUGCAGAAAAAUGUCUACAAAAGUAACAGUUUUCAAGAGGACUGAUGGCUUAUGCUUAAAUGAAAAAUUUGCUGUAGAGGAGGUGGUAUUUACUUCACCAUCUGCAAAGGUUGUGUGUCCACACUUGGAUCACUUCAGGAAUGAGGAAAACGUUCUACCUGUUCGCUGGUAUAAGGACUGUCAGCUACUGGAAGGGAAAAGAUUUGCCUCCUUAAACAAUGACCUUGUGAUUUUCAAUGUGACCGUGCAAGAUCAAGGAAACUAUACAUGCAAAACAACGUAUACAUACAAUGGAAAGCAAUAUAACAUUACACGAGACAUUAGUCUGAUUGUAGAAGUGAGCCCACCAAAAAUGCCCCCAGAAAUAUCUUAUCCGCAAAACAACUCAAUUGAAGUGGGACUUGGCUCACAGGUCACAGUGGAUUGCAAUACAACAGGUGCUGAUGGGUUUGAGGUGUUUUGGACAGGCAACGGUGUGUUUAUUGAUGUGUUUUAUGUGAGCAGAAUUUUUGCAAGGCCCUAUAAAGAGGAAACUGCGUAUGAUGGACGCCCUAUGUAUUCUGUGAAGCUCAUAAUUUCAGAAGUGCAUAGUGAAGAUUAUGAACAACCGUUUGUCUGUCAAGCUUCCAAUGCCUUUGGGCAAGUUGCAUCCUAUAUUAUAUUAAAACACAGAGUUCCUGAUGUACAAAGAUGGCUGACCGGAGGGCUUGUCUCUUUGUUACUUUUAACGUUUAUUAUUCUAAUCAUCUAUAAGAUGUUCAAGAUUGACCUGGUGCUUUGGUAUCGUAGUUCUGGAUGUGCAUUUGGAAGUAAGGAAGAUGGAAAAACCUAUGAUGCAUGUGUUCUGUACACAAAAGGCAAUGGAGGCAGCAACUUCUAUCGUCUGGAAACCUUUGUUCUUAGAAUACUCCCCAACGUUUUAGAACAACAAUGUGGAUAUAAUCUCUUUAUAUUAGGAAGGGAUGACCUACCAGGAGAAGCUGUGGUCAGCGUUGCUGAUGAAACCUUCAAGCAAAGCAGAAGACUGAUGAUUAUUUUGGGAUCUGAAACAUAUAGUUGUGUCCAGUUGGAAGAUGCCUCUGAACAACAAUUAGCUAUGUAUAGUGCUCUUAUCCGUGAUGAGACUCAAGUGAUUCUUAUAGAAAUGGAUGAAAUGGAGGACUACUCAAGCAUGCCAGAAUCAAUCAGAUAUAUUAAGCAAAAGCACGGGGCUAUCCAAUGGAAAGGAGACUUCUCAGAGAAAUAUUGUUCAGCAAAUACAAGAUUCUGGAAAAAUGUGCGCUAUCAAAUGCCAGCCAAGAGAAAAAUGUCUUCUUCUGAAGUUUGUUUAUCGCCUCACACUUUGAACAACUCUGCAGCAAAGGGAAAUUAAGAUCUACUUAGUAAAAUAGUGAUGAGAAGGUAAUUCGGAAAUAUGUUUUCUACACAAAUUCUUCAUAUUACAAAGGAGUUUUUUUUUUGGUCAAGGAGUUAAAACUGCUCAUCCCUUCCCGAAGUUACACCUUAAAUGGAAAACUGCAACCAUGUUUCUUUUCUGAACAUAU